AGCAGGGAGAAGGCUAGAGUGCCCAGGCUUGGCAGUCCAGAAUCCCUGUCCCUUCCUGCCUCAGUUUCCCGUCGCUGCAAAGGGGAUGAGGGCCCCCUCGUGGCCGCAGGUGACGGGGUGCUCCGCCCCGGUGGAGGUCGGGGUGGCUGAGGGGGCUCAGGAAGUCGCGGCCGCAGGAAUUCGGCGCUUCCCAGCCUUAUAAGGACAAGUGCACUCUGGGCCAAUCAGCGGCGGGGGGCGUGGCGCCCGGCCGGGUCCCAGCCCCGCGCCCGCCGGCGGUGCGUCCCGUCCAGCCCAGUCCGCGCGCGCCGCCGGCCGCCGCCAGCCAUGAGCUCCACGCAGUUCAACAAGGGGCCCUCGUAUGGGCUCUCGGCCGAGGUCAAGAAUCGGCUCCUGUCCAAAUAUGACCCCCAGAAGGAGGCAGAGCUCCGCAGCUGGAUCGAGGAACUCACGGGUCUCUCCAUCGGCCCCGACUUCCAGAAGGGACUGAAAGACGGCAUCGUCUUGUGCACACUCAUGAAUAAGCUGCAGCCAGGCUCGGUCCCCAAGAUCAACCGCUCCAUGCAGAACUGGCACCAGCUGGAAAACCUCUCCAACUUCAUCAAGGCCAUGGUCAGGUAUGGCAUGAACCCCGUGGACCUGUUCGAGGCCAACGACCUGUUUGAGAGUGGGAACAUGACCCAGGUGCAGGUGUCUCUUCUUGCCCUGGCAGGGAAGGCUAAGACAAAGGGGCUGCAGAGUGGUGUGGACAUUGGCGUCAAAUACUCGGAGAAGCAGGAGCGGAACUUUGACGAUGCCACCAUGAAGGCGGGCCAGUGUGUCAUCGGGCUCCAGAUGGGCACCAACAAAUGUGCCAGCCAGUCGGGCAUGACGGCCUACGGCAUGAGGCGCCACCUCUACGACCCCAAGAACCACAUCCUGCCGCCCAUGGAUCACUCCACCAUCAGCCUCCAGAUGGGCACCAACAAGUGCGCCAGCCAGGUGGGCAUGACAGCUCCAGGGACCCGGCGGCACAUCUACGACACCAAGCUGGGCACAGACAAGUGUGACAACUCCUCCAUGUCCCUGCAGAUGGGCUACACGCAGGGUGCCAACCAGAGUGGCCAGGUGUUUGGCCUGGGCCGGCAGAUCUAUGACCCCAAGUACUGCCCGCAAGGCCCAGCGGCAGAUGAGGCCGCAGCAAGUGCCGGCGACAGCCCAGGCCCUGGGGAGGCCCCUGAGUUCCCCCCCUACUACCAGAAGGAGGUGGACUACUGAGGC